AUGAAUGCUGAGAAAUGGUGGACAAACAUCAUCCACAACACUUUCCAACCACUCCUCCGACCAAAUGAGCAACUUCCAUCAGAACUCAUUCCCAAGCUCCUGCACCGCUUCUGGUCCGACGAAGGCUACAUGCUCCUCCCAGACGUCCCUCUUGUCCUUCGCGGCGCUCGGAAUCUGCAAUCGCUCCGCUACGACCGUGUGGUCGUUGGCGUCAUCACGAACUCUGAUGAUAGGGUACCGGAUGUGCUGACUUCGUUGGGGCUGAAAGUGAGUCCGCUUAGGUACGGAGACUCGAAGGCUGAAGGUGGCAACUGGGACGUCGAUUUUACGGUCAUGUCGUAUGAUGUUGGGCAUGAGAAGCCGGAUCGGAGGAUCUUUGAGGCUGCUGAAGGGAUGCUGGAUGUUGUUCGAGGAGCUGGCGCAGCAGCCUCGGCGGAGGGCGAUGGGUGGGAGAAGGUGUAUGUGGGCGAUGAAUACGACAAGGAUGUCGUUGGCGCUGUUGAUGCGGGCUGGAAGGCGGUCCUGAUCAACGAUUCUCAGGAUGCGAAGGUCGAAUGGUGUGACGCCUGA